AUGGCAACAGAACAAGAGUCCGCCCAGCGUCGUCCUGCUUGGGUUCCUACUCACGAUAACAUCUACUACCGUCCUCGACUCAGCAAGAAGAAGUCUGUGUCUGGACGUUUUCCUGCACCGUUGAUCGGACCUCGAAGAUCUCGCCCGCAAGCGAUCCACAUUGUUAGCUAUCCAUCCGGCUACAUUCCCAAAGAGCUACGACCAGAAUACGAAAACAGAAGCAGACCUCAAUCUCCUACGCUCGUUGACGAGCCUCGACCUGCACCUUCUCUGCAACCUUCAACUACUGACAGAAGACAAAGCUUCAAACCUCGUCCAGCAACUCGCCGAAGAGACAAGUUCCUGAGCUCGUUUACUUUGUCCAACACAACUGAAUCUGAUUCUAUUUCGGGUCUUACACCUGCCGAAGCGCUAUCCAAUACUGACCGCUCAAUUCGGCCAAGCGCUGGUGCUAAUACCAAUCCAACUCAGGCAAUUGGACAGUCUUGCCUGUCGGAAUCGGACUUGGCCUGCGAAGCUCCUUCCACCAUUGGCUCAAGACCUAGAUUUACUGGAGCAGGUGCAUCCUCAUCCCCGCCAGCAUAUGACGACAUAACUUCCCGCCCUGUCUCCGGUUCCAGUUCCACUGCGCCUGAUUCUGAUCUAGGCUUUGUCGCUACAUCCACUUCAACGCCUUUGAUCAGCUCCAAUUCUGCCGAUUGCAACAGCAGUAGCAACUCCAAUUCCUCCCAAACAGCCGCGAAUAUGGCGACUGCUCGAACUUCGCAUCCUUCGCUGCCUCUUUCCAACUCAAACCGAAAUAGCUUCAUGUCGGCUCGUUCAUCAAAAUCUGCCGUCACUUCAGUCUCAGAGGUACCAAAGCCCGUCGCUUCCGGCAGUGGCGUGUCUUGCUCCAUUCUACUCGCUGAGCCAAACAUUUUCCUCUCAGGUUUCGAUCACGACGGUCAUGGUAACCGUGAAGGCCAGAGUGGUACUGCUUUGUUGAGAGGCAAGCUUCAAUUGCGCGUUACAAAAAAUGUAAAAAUCAAGGCUGUUCAGCUCAAACUUCUUGGUCGCGCCCGCACAGAGUGGCCUGAAGGCAUCCCUCCUCUUAAGCAAGAUGUAUUUGAAGAGGAGAGUCUGCGCACACAGGUCCUGACCUUUUUCAAUGCCAUGAAUGACGGCUGGGAAUCCGAGUAUGGCAACCAGUGCACUUACCGUCUCAAGGGUGGCUCUCCCAAUGGCAGCUCUACAAACCUCGUUCGCCCCAAUGCCUCAUCAUCUCUGACCCCGCAGCAAAAUAACCUUUCUGCCAAAGAUAUGAAGCGUUUGUCUCUCCAGAGUGUUCAGUCGCGAAGUUUCCAAAAAGGCGACAGCCCAAUUGCUUCUGCGACACAGGCCAAGGGUUACAAGGUCUUUUACCCUGGUACAUAUGAUUACACCUUUGAAUUACCAAUCGACCACCACCAGCUGGAAACAACUAAGUUGCAGUAUGGAUCUGUUAAGUGGGAGUUGCAAGCGACCGUUGACCGAGCCGGAGCCUUUAAGCCUAAUCUGCACGGUACCAAGGAGGUCUCUAUUGUCCGUGUACCUGAUCAAUUGUCUCUUGAGAUGACAGAGCCUAUCUCCAUCAGCCGCCAAUGGGAGGAUCAAUUGCACUACGACAUUGUCAUUUCUGGCAAGAGUUUCCCCAUUGGAAGCAAGAUUCCCAUCGCCUUUAAACUUACACCACUUGCCAAGGUUCAGGUGCACAAGCUCAAGGUUUAUGUAACAGAAUCCAUCGAGUACUGGACAAACGAUAAGCGUGUGACCCGCAAGGACCCAGGCCGAAAGAUCCUGCUUCUCGAAAAGUCGGCUGGCAAGCCCCUCGAUUCGUCCUACUCUUCAUCCGAUAUCCGAACACUCCGUGGUGGCGAGCUCGACGCUGAGCAGCGACGACAGGCCCGCGAGGCUGCUGCCCGACGACGAGCACAGGAUGCUGCCAGGCGACAGACUACUGCCGAGCCACUACCCGAGCCUUCUGCCAACCUUCUCGGCGACUUGGAUUUGGGACUCGAGACUAUCUGGGGCUCGACAGAAAUCGAAGCCAAUGUGCAGAUCCCUACCUGUGAAAUGAUGGCCAAGAACAAGGAGCUACGACUCAACCCUGACUGCAGCUGGAAGAACGUCAAUGUGUUUCACUGGAUCAAGGUCGUCAUGCGAAUUAGCCGAAUUGACCCUGAGGAUCCUAGUGGCACAAAGCGCCGGCAUUUCGAGAUCAGCAUUGAUUCACCCUUCACUGUGCUCAACUGCCGUGCUACCCACGCCAAUACCAACCUUCCCGCUUACUCAGGCGCCAACUGCAAUGGAACCACAUACCAGUCCUCUUGCGGAUGUCCUGAUGCUUUCACCGUCCCUACCGAUGCUUCUCCUAGCUCUUCAGAGGGUACUCUACCCGGUGUUAACCCCAGUACCGACAACCUCCCGGCGCCACCACAGGCUGCCCAUCUGGCCAACGCUGUUAGCGGACAACAGGAACCUCGACCAAUCCAUCUCCUUCGAGUCCCCAGCUUCAAUCCCCCUGCGUUCGAAGACGAUAUUGCUCCACCUCCUGCUGCCGAACUUGUUCGCGACGUACCCGAGCCUGUCAUGACACCUCCGCCACAGUACGAUGUCGUAGUCGGAACUCCCAGUGUGGACGGUAUGGCCGACUACUUUGCACGACUGGCUGACGCCGGUUAUGAAGGACAGGAUGACUCGGAGUCGGAUCCUGAUGAUUCCCCACCAAGAAUUCUGGACAGAACUGGACGCGUCAAUGUUGCCAACCCUCGAACUCCUGGUGGUCGAAGGAUGCCAAGUCGAAGUUUGGAAAUCUCUAGACCUAAUAUCCAACUAGAUAUGAAUGCCCUCCGCAACCGAGCCGGACGAGCUGUGUGA